UAUUGUCCUCCGAUUCCCCUUCCCCCACUCCCUCCCCCCCAGCCCCCCAGCACGAAAAAGAAAGAAAAUAAGGAAUGAGCUGGAGGGAGCAUAUGAGGAAUCGGUGUGCAGAUAUAUAUACUGAUAUGGAUAUUGUUUAAGUGAAAAUCAAGAUCACGAAAUAUCUGUGACAAUCCUUUUCAUUGAUUUUAUUUUUGCUGAUCCCUUCCCUUAAAAAAACCACCCCACGCCAUCCUUUUAGUCCCAUAAUUACCUCUCUUCUUCUUCUUUCUUUCCAUUACUUUUUCUUUAAAGUUUCAUUCUUGAUUCUUCUCUCUACAUGUUAAUUAUUCUCCUGUGUAAAAGUGAAAUUUCUGCGGAUUAAGUGAAAGAAAUGGAGACGUUUGCUUCUUCUGCUUCAUCGUUAUCAAUUUCAAGGGGAAUAAGUGCAAGUGAUGAACCCCAUGUGCUAGCUGUGGAUGACAAUCUUGUUGAUCGUAAACUUGUUGAGAAGUUACUCAAGAAAUCCUCUUGCAAAGUAACUACUGCAGAAGAUGGUCUGAGGGCUUUGGAGUACUUGGGUUUGGGAGCACAUCAUGACAGCUCUACUAAUAGCAAUGGUUUAAAAGUUAAUAUGAUAAUAACAGAUUAUUGCAUGCCAGGAAUGACAGGUUAUGAACUGCUUAAGAAAAUCAAGGAAUCGUCGAUCAUGAAGGAUGUGCCGGUUGUGAUAGUGUCAUCCGAGAAUAUCCCAACUCGAAUUAAUCAAUGCAUGGAAGAAGGAGCUCAGAUUUUCAUGCUGAAGCCUCUGAAGCACUCUGAUGUCGAAAGGCUGAGAUGUCAAAUAAUGCAAUGCUGAUGAUAGAUUGACUCUUCUCAUCUGUCAUCUUCUAAAAGAAGAGAAAGAGGGAGAGAUAUAUAUUACCAUGUAUAAGAGUGAUUACGAGAUUCUAAAGACUCGUGAAUUCAGUUGUAUAUCUCUGGAGCUUUAGAAAUUCCAGCUUUCAUUAAGAAAAGGCAGACCUUGUUCUUUUCAUCUA